ACUAGAUUGCGAAUUUCAUUUUAAAACCAGAACAUCCGGAUUGAUAUGGACUUUGAAAGAUAUACCAAUAAAGAUUUGAUAGGACAGGAUGUUGUGCAUUAAAGGGCGAAUCGCAAUUGGUACUCCCUGCGUUUGUGGUGGUGAAGAAGUAUUAGAGUAUCCACUUGAAAAUUUUACCUACCACCUUCUCAAUUUAAUUUUGUUUCUAAUGUGGCAUCAGAGCACUUCUUAUUCUUCUUUGGAGGAAAGGCCUUGACGACCACAGCUCUUGGAUUCUACUUCCUAUAAAUGUCAACAAUUCUUGCACAUCUCAUAUUCGUCCAUGUUUGAGGCACAUAUAUAAUCAUCAAAUAAUAUAUGAUUUCUCUCUUGCGAUUAUCUUUUCAUUAUUGAACAAAGAAACCUGUUGGGAUGGGAUGCCUUUUCACAAAGCAGCAAAUUCAGCCUGGAGAUCCAUCUCUUCUUGCUUCCCAGACCUGUUUCAAUGUAGCUCAAGUUGAAGCUUUGUAUGAACUAUUCAAGAAAUUAAGUAGUUCUUUAACAGAUGAUAGACUCAUUAGCAAAGAAGAGUUUCAGCUCGGCUUAUUUAGAAACAGAAAGAAGCAGAAUCUCUUAGCAGACAGAGUAUUCCAAUUGUUUGAUUACAAGCAAGAUGGAGUAAUAGAAUUCGAGGAAUUUGUUCGAUCUUUGUCUGUAUUCCACCCAGAAGCACCUCAUGCCCAAAAAGUUUCGUUUGCAUUUCAGCUGUACGAUAUAUGGCAAACAGGCUUCAUUGAACGCGAAGAGGUGAAGGAGUUGAUCUUGGCACUUCUAGAAGAAUCAGAAUUGAUUCUUUCACAGGACAUUGUCGAAAGUAUCAUCGAUAAGACAUUUGAGGAUGCUGAUACAAAAGAAGAUGGCAAAAUUGAUCUUGAAGAGUGGAGUGAAUUCGUAACUCGCAAUCCAUCCUUGCUCAAGAAUAUGACUAUUCCUUACUUGAAGGAUAUAACAACUGCAUUUCCUAGCUUCGUACUGAGAUCUGAAGUUGAGGAUGUGUCUAUGUAGUUCCUACAUGAAAUAUGUAUGGUGGGUUCUCACAAAUAUCUAAUAUUUAUAUACACAGACAAUAUUAACCAUA